AACCCUGGGCCGCUGAAGUGGAGCACACAAACUUAACCAUUAUGCCACCAGGCCGGCCCCUAAACACAUCUAUUCUUGAGUCUUGCUUGCUUAAAGUGAACAUAAAUGACAGCUCAAGCUACCUGCAUGCAUGUGUGUGUUCAUUCAUUCAUUCAUUCAUUCAGUUGGUGUUUAUAGAGCCCCUACCCUGUGCUGGUCCCUGACCAGGCAUGAGGAAUACGGAAAUGCACAAGACACAGCCCCUGCCUUGAAGGCUCCCUCUUCCACAUUCUUGUGCAGUUAAAUGGGUCGGAAAUCCAAUAACUACAUAAUCCUGAGAGCUGUGCUAAUAGAAGAUACACAGCACCUGCUACAGGCCUGGGACGAAGUCAGCAAACACUUCACAGAGGAGCUUUGCACAAGGGGAGGGGGCGUGUGUGAGAGUGAGGUGUAGACUUGCCACUCUGUGGGGUGCCCCCAGAGUGCCAGGCUGUAGCCUGAGGGAGGUGGGGGAGGGAUCUGAUCAGAUGUGUUUUAGGGAACUUAACCUGGUGGCAGAGUGAAGGGACUGGGUGGGGAAGGACUGGAGGGCCGAGCCCAGGUGAGAGGAUGGGAGGCAGGGCAGCUGGCCUGGCUGAGAUCAACAGUACCCAAAUCCAGUGCUCUGCAGGAAGCCCCAUGGGACCAUUUAACCAUACAGCUUCCACCUGCAGAGAUUCUCAUUCCACUGGUCUGCAUGGAAUCUGGGGACCUGGAUGGUGACAAAAAUCCCCAGAUGAUGCUGGUGCCGGCCUGGGAACUGCUGGCUGGCCUGUGUGUCCUCCAGCUCAGAGGCUCUAGGAGACAAUGAGUUGGUAUGUAGGCUUUGUAAGCUGUAAAAUGCUAAGCGAUAUGAGUAAUAUGUUUCUCAGGAUUUCCUCUGUAAAAGUAACUUUGCCAAAUACCACCUGAUCACUUCUCUCAAUGCAUAAUCAGUGACAGGUUUGACCUUCAGUCUCUAACACGUCUGCAUCUGUUUCCCUGGUCCUCCAGCCUCCAACCAGCCAAGUGAAACAAAAGGGAAACCAUUUUGGAAGUGAAUAAUCUCUUUCCCACCACCCACUCCCCUGUUCGUGUAUUUGGUAAAUCCGAGUGACAUUCCUCUGCUUUUACAUAAGACUGUUACUCCCAGACUGCACUUGUUAACUAUUCAGAGCCCUUUUCCCUCCUCACAGGGGGACUUCCUUGACCUAGGCCUCACAGGGAGAGUCUGCUCUGGCCAAGACCUGUGCUUGCACGGACCCUGUUGCCUUCUUGUAUGUGCCAAAGCCUGUGAGAACCAGUACAGAUCUCUAAUGGGCUGAGUCCAGAUCCCCUCAUGGUGUGUGGGGCUUUGGGACACACAGACUUGGGUACAGAUCCUGGCCCUGCCUCUACCAUUUGCCUGGGUUCAGACAAGUAAUUUAAAUUUCUGAGCCUGAGUUUCACCAUCUCUAGAAUGCAGGAAAUAAGACCUAUACCCCAGGGAUCUUGCAAGAUUGAAAUGAAGCGUGCAUGUCAUAUAUCAGGUAUGCCAUGGUGCAAGAAAACUGAAUUGCGGAGUUGCAACUUUGGGGAGGAGAGAUGUCACAAAAAGUGAAAGGGCUCAAGAUGUCUGCAGACUGGGCACUCUGGCUCUGUGACUGCUUUGCAGUGCAAAGCCAGACCCUGUGGCCUGCCUCACUUACCAGGCACUGCACUCACCCAGCAUGGAGACUGCCCCUCUCUGGGCACUGUGUCCAGGCCUCAGCCCUUGCUGCCCUCCCGUGGCCCCUAAAACAGCCUCCUCAGUUAGCACAUGUCAGCCCCCAACCUCCAGCCUCGUGCUGACACAGACAGCAUGGUCUCCCUCUGGACAUGCCUGUCACCAGGCCCCCUUCUCUGAGCCCAAAGAUGGCUCUAGUAGGUCAUUAAAUCAAUUUGAAAUAAGUGAAAAUUUCUGGUUAUUUCAUCUCAAACUCUUCAAAUGCGUUCCCAGGAGAAGAGAUCACAGUCUUCCUCGCCUCUUCUUUUACCGUCCUCUUUCUUCUUUCUCCUCCUUUUUCUCAUUUUAGAACAUUGUUAAGCCAUAGAUCUGAUCAUCCAACCAGGAGGAGCUUUGCCUUGAGUUGUCCCUCAAAAGAAGGACAAAGAGUGUCCUGGACCAGACCCGCAAUGACUAAAAACUUAACAUUUGCAGAGUGGUUUAAGCUUACAAAGUGCUGUCGCUUAGCUGGUCCUCACAACCACCCUAAAGGAAGGUAAAGUCAUUAGAGAAUAAAGUAGAAUUACUACCCUCAUUUUGCAGGAUGAGAACACAGACUCAAAGGUGAUUAAGAGUCCUGUCCAGGGCACACGGCUAAUACAUGGCACAGACUGGAUUUGAAUGCAGGACAUCUGACUGCCAGGAUCCAGGAAUAGACCAAUCUGGCUUGAAUUGAAGACUCCUGUUUUGGAUGGUGGGAAAUAAUGGUGGACAUAUAGGACUGGAACUACGAUCCGGAGGGCUGAACAGGCAGGUUUGUGCUUUAUGCAGCGGGCGGUGGGGAAGCCCAGACUGUUUUAGAGGAAGGAAGGAACAUGACUGAAGAAUGGUUCAGGAAGGUGAGUACAGCAGCACGCAGGAAAGAUGGAAAGGAAAAGACAUUGGUAGGAAGGAGACAAACUAUUUGAAAUACUAUCCUCAGCUCAGGUGAUGGCAGUAGGUAUAGAAAGGAAGAGCGAGAUGAUUAAGAAAAUAUGGGAGACAAAGAAAGUGUGUCAGAGAUAAUACGAGGUUCGAAGCCUUGGGGUGGAAGGAAUACUAUCAACAAAAGUAGGAACUAUUGAUAAUAACUGCUGACUUUUUUUGUUUGGGCAGCUGGUAUGUGCCAACCAUGGCAAAAUUAAGAGCUUUUUGUGAAUUUUCUCAUUAAGUCCUCCUGAUGGCCCCAUGACACAGUUACUCUUAUUAUCCCCUUUUUAGAGAUUUUAGAGAUAGAAAACUGAGGCCCAAAGUGAUUACGUGAUUUGCCCAAGAUUACAGGGCUAAUAAGCAAUGGAGCCAGUAUUUCAACCCAGGUCUGGCUGACAGUCUCUAGAAUCCACACUCUUAACCCAGCACUGACCAGCCCUUCCAACCCACCUGCAGAUAAAAGCUGGGAUAGAGGGAGAGUUGGUUUGGUGAUCAAGGCAGACCUGGCCUCUGUAGAUGCUGUCACUCCUAAAAGACCAAAUUCACCCUUCCACUGAUGUGGGUAGAUGGCAGUCAGCCCUCACUGAGUGGGAUUUCUGUUUAAGAUAUUUGCUAGAGAAAAGGUCUACUGUAGGGGUGGGAGAAGACAACCCCACUUCAGACUCCGGGCAGACCUGGGAAGAUGGUGGCCUUUGGAACAUCGGAGAAUGAGGAGAGAGAAGAGAUAAGUAGAAGAAGAAAGUCGUGGGAGAAAGGAGGAAAAUUCCCCAAAGCCCAGAACAUUCUUAAGUAAAGGAUGUUGUGUGGGCAGCCAGCCAGGGAGAAAUGAGCAAAAAAAAAAAAAAGGAAAUAAAUUAGAGUCCCCACCAGUUAUUUUUGUCUGGGUUCUCCAGCAAUAUUCGUUUUUAGGCCACUGCAUCCAAAAUCUAAUAGCCCAGCAAAGCUCCCCUAAUGCUCAGCUCAGAAUCAUCCAGCCUAGACGUCUUUGUCCCAGACAGAGGAUUUUGGUCUUAAACUCAGCUAGUAAAAAAUAUCCCGAACAAAGGAAAGACCCAAGGAACUUAAUAUCAUGGAACUUCCAUGUUGGAAGUAGCCCUUGGACCCACGCAAGAGAGGCCCCUGUCCUGACUCUCCUCAGGCCAUGCCCCUCCCAGGUGAGGACCAGUCUGUGGGGUCAAGAGGAUGUGUCUGUGCCCCCUCCCCACUUCUAGACCCUUGCUCUGUCUAGACAGCCCUGAGCUGCUUCCAGGGCCUGUGUAGGCCUCUUCCCCCUGGUCUGUCUUUCCACGGGUAUGCAUACUUCCGUGCAGGGUGGCCAAGAGGCAGUUCUUUGGGGACAGUGAAGGGACCCUGGAUAUUCAGGCUGGAGUGUCUACACUCCUUGCACAUGAGGCCCCUCAUGGGUCUAGGACCAAGUCCAAGGUGGAAAGAGGAGGUGGGUGGGCUGUAUGCUGGCAAGUGAUCCAGCCAUCCCCAUGCUGCUGCAUUUCAGCAUGGAGUUCCAAGGAGUCUUGGAAUUCUAAAACUGAACCUGGCUGUCCAGGUGUUAUGAAAGUAUAUUUAUCAGGGUAGGAAGAUGGAACAUUUUAUUUCACAGGUGCUAGCUUGAUUUCUAACUUUAAAAUUUUUAGAAAUAUGGUCUGUGGCCUCCAUUUGUCAUCUUGCCCUGGACCCCACAAAUGUUAGGAGCAAGACCUUGGAUAGAAGGAACCAUAGAAGUCAUCUGCUCCAUCCACCGAGCCAAGCUCAGGUUCCCACCACAUGCUUAAACACCCCCAAUUAUGGUUGACGUUGGCCUCACCGCCUCGUGAGUCACCAGACCACUCCGUCUCUGCAGUUUCUCACUGUGACGAUCACUGAGCUUGCUUCCAGUUCCCUGCCACCAUAAACAACUCAGUGAUGAACAUCUUCGCACAUGACCUCUUAUGGAUGUGUCGAGAAAUUUGGGGGACAUAGAGCCAGGAGCAGAAUUGCUGUCUCACGGGGGACUGAUGCCCUUGGCCAUGACGCACCCCCAACUGCUGUCUGCUCAGGCGCAGCCUGUGUGACUGAGCCAUCGCUGCUCCAGCUGUUUCACAGUUUGAUGGGGCGUCGGGCGGAUGACAGCGGGAACGGUUGUGAUCACUGGCGGAAUCCUAGCUACGGUCAUCCUCCUCUGCAUCAUCGCUGUCCUGUGCUACUGUAGGCUCCAGUAUUACUGCUGCAAGAAGAGCGGAGCCGAGGAUGCAGACGAGGAGGAGGCGGAGGAGGAGGAGCACGACCUGCCCACACCCCCCAGAGGCCCCAUCUGCAAUGCCUGCAGCUCCCAGGCCCGGGACGGCCGAGGCGGCCUGGUGCCUCUCAGCGGCGAGCCCUGCAGCCAGCCGUGCGGGGUGGCAGCCAGCCACUGUGCCACCUGCUCCCCAUACAGCUCCCCCUUUUACAUACGGACGGCUGACAUGGUGCCCAAUGGGGGCGGAGGCGAGAGGCUCUCCUUUGCUCCCACGUACUACAAGGAGGGGGGGCCCCCAUCCCUCAAACUGGCAGUGCCCCAGAGUUACCCGGUGACGUGGCCAGGCUCUGGGCGUGAGGCCUUCACCAAUCCAAGGGCUAUUAGUACAGACGUGUAACCCCUUUCACCCCUGACCCCCCAACACACACCAAGCUGCUGGCCCAGCAGGAGCCGUGGGGGCAGCCAUGACCCCUCCGACAGCCCGAAAGGACAGCCUCAGUUUCUUUGGCUUUUCUUGCCCCAGAGUGGAGGGGUCACCAGGAUUCAGGCUGGGCAGUGCGUUGAGAACCCGGGCAGGGUCUGUCUGGUUCCAACCCGGUGGCCCAGAGGUGACAGCCUGACAGUUGGAGUUGUCAGCUUUGCCAGUUUCUGUUGGGACGUUCCUCUGGCCAGCUCCAGCACCACCACAACCCCCUCACUCCUCCCCUGCCCCGGCUUUGUGGACUGUGAGGAGAGAAGUGCCAGGGAGAGCUAACCAAAGGUGCUGGAGGCCUCCAGAAUCCUUGGGGCGUGAAAGAAGAAAGGGGGAUUAGGGGCGGGAGCGAGGUGAGAACUGGGACACUGCAGAAUCUGAGAAGGGGGAGGUGUGGUGAAGGGGCCUCUUCAGGACUUGCUAAAACGCAUUCAAGAGCUAGUUGACAAUCUGGUUUGUACUUUGGUGAUCACAGAGACGGCCAUCCCGUCACUGCUCCAACAUGGGUAUCGGUUCCUGAACACACCACAUCUGUAUCUGCCCCCUUCCUCGUGGGACACGUCGAGUCGACUUUAAAGGCCAUGUCGUAAGGUUAUUUGUGGGGUCUGCACCGAAAAGUGACAGUAUAACCUUGUCUCCCCGCAAAUCCUCUUCCUCUGCCUCGGGAACCAGCUGCCCCUGCUGGAGAAGCUUUUUCGAGUUUUGUUGCUAGAGUUCAGGUGGCUCAGUGAAUGAAAUUUGCUGAUGGUCACCGGGCCCUGGUGCACCGCACUGAGCUAUGUGUGUGGAUGCGGUCCUGUGAGGAUGUGUGCAUUCUCAGGUAUGUGCACACACGGCAGUCACCACCAGCACACAGCGGGGGCUUUGCCACCUUCAGGAGCUGCGGAGUGGAGGGUCUCUGAUGUCCCAACUAGAAAGAAAAAUCUGACCCCAGACAGCUUGUGCCAAAAGGUGAUUAAGGUGGCCAAUCCCCACAGCAGCCAGCCGGCUGGGACAGAACAACCUGCGAGUCUCCAGUGGGACGAUGCUGCAGCCAUUGAAGCCACAUAAAGCACCUCUGGAGGUCCGGAGUUCUGUUCCACCCAUGACGCCACAGAGCAGACCACUCAUUCCACCAGGGACGGCAGCCCUCGCUCCUCAGGACUGGAGGGGUUUGACUUAGCAAUUGGAUUCCACGCUCGCUGCCCUCCCUCCACUGCCCCGGCCCCAUCUCCGGGUGAGGGCCUGUUUAUUGCUGUCUCACUCCAGCCCCAAGUCCAGCUCCCACUUCCCACUUAUAACUCUGCUGUGGCCUUAUGCUAAUUAAGUGAAUGCAUCUGAUGAGUUUUCUGGUUGCCCCUGCAGUAAGGGGUCUCUGCCCGCCCCGCCCCCAAGCUCCACCCACUCCUGGCUUCUGAAUGUUGCAGAGCGUGGCCCCUCUGCUGAAAUCUUGAUUUUGCAUUUGAGAAAGGGCCCGGGGCAGCUGGGGGAGCGGGGGAGGGGAGAGAAUUCACCACAACCUUUGCAUUACUCUGUUCGGGCACUUGUCACCUUGCAUCCCGUCUGUAACUAAGGCAAUCAGAAGACCUGGCUCUGGUCACUCUUCGGUCACUCCUUAGCUCUAGGACCAGUCACUUAUCCUCUCUGAGACUCCAUUUUCUCCAGGGAAAUGAGACUUGCCCAGAUAGACUCUGAGGGUCCUUAAUUGCCCCACGAAGCCAGCCUCCCAGAGAUCUGCCAGCCUGGCCACCCUCUCUUGCCCUAAUCCUGGCAGGGGCUGGAUGCACUUGCCAACUGCCUGGUCCUGUGUGCAGGGAUGCAUGUUGGGAGAUGAGAGACCACAGUAAACCACAGGACUAGCAGGCAAAACGAUUGUAACCGGCAGUGAAAAGCAAACAGGUUUGUCUGACCUUCCUACUGAGUGACUUCAGAUGGGAACAUCUGUCUUCUACCAGCAGGUGACUGUAGGUGGAGGUAAUGAGAUCUGUCUCUCAGUGCAGAGGGACCAGCUUAGGAGGGCAGCCUUACCAUACCCCGUCCCACCGCCAGCCCUUCUUGGGCCAAGCGCACCCCCUUGAUGUGAGCUGCUGGGCCUGGCCGCCCUCGCUGCUUCCUGACCACCAGCCCCAGUGCCUUGCUGCCCUGGAAUUCCACAGCCAGUCGGCCACGGCAGUGGCUGUCCCUCCGCACCAAAAAGUAACAAUGCUUUCGUACUUUCUACUUUGGAGAAAUCAAGACAACCCAGUUAACUCCGACCCGCUUCUUGCCCCUGAUCUACUGGGGUCCCUGAGUGCAAAGCAUGUCAUGCAGUCCAUAUCCUCCCGUAGCUUCCACAGCCUAAAUCUGUCAACCCACAAAUCAGAGUCUGAAUUUGGGGCAUUGGAGAGAUGGUGGGCCACGGCUCUCCCCCACAGUCCCCAUUGCUCAGGGCACAGGCUCAAGAUGGCCUGUGCGUCUCCCCGUGGCGGCGGGGCCUGGCCUGUGCCAGAGGAAGCUCACCCCACUCGGCUGCACUGCACUUUUCAGCUGCGGAGUCUGUGCUCUGGGACACUCUCUGGGACACUUUUCAAACUGCACCCUAAACAGGAAGAGAGGGAGGGACGGAGGAACACCCAGUCCUCUCCACCAUCUUGUCUCCACCUCCACCUCACCACUCCUGCUCCGGAUUUCUUGUCCCGCAUCUUUGAUAACUUGGAGUCACAACCAAGUGAAUGUCAAAAUAAAUGAGGAAUUUGAAAUACAAAUCCCACAGGGUC